GGGCUCGGCCGGAGCGAGUAGCUCCGCGGGACCCGCAGGCUCGCGUGGGCUCGGCACCAGCGAAGGGGCUCGGGCGGUAGCCGCGCCCCGGGAGCCCCCGAAGACCGUUAUGCAGUCGGGCAGUUCUCAGGCCGCAGGAGGGACGGACGGAAACCCGGGCGGCCGAGGGGAAGGGGCUCGGGCUGCUGGCGUUGGGGCGGGGUGCACCGAGGAAGGCGCUCACUUCGUUCUCUCUGCCUUUGCUCCUCCGCCUCCUCCCUCCGCCGCGGCAGGCCCCGCGCAGCCGAGCGUCCCCCUGAGGCGCCUCACGAUUGAGGACUUCGAGAUUGGGCGUCCGCUUGGCAAGGGGAAAUUCGGGAAUGUGUACCUGGCUCGGCUCAAGGACAGCCAUUUCAUCGUGGCCCUGAAGGUCCUCUUCAAGUCCCAGAUAGAAAAGGAAGGCAUGGAGCACCAGCUGCGCAGGGAAAUCGAAAUCCAGGCGCACCUCCAACAUCCAAACAUCCUGCGCCUGUACAACUACUUCCACGAUGCUCGUCGGAUAUACCUGAUUCUGGAAUAUGCUCCACGGGGAGAGCUCUACAAAGAGCUGCAGAAAUGCCACACGUUAGAUGAGCAGCGUGCAGCCACGAUAAUGGAGGAGUUGGCAGAUGCACUGACCUACUGCCAUGGCAAGAAGGUGAUUCACAGGGACAUUAAGCCAGAGAAUCUGCUGCUGGGAUUCAGGGGCGAGGUGAAGAUUGCCGACUUUGGCUGGUCUGUGCACACCCUCUCUCUCAGGAGAAAGACGAUGUGUGGCACUCUGGAUUACUUGCCCCCAGAAAUGAUUGAGGGGAGAACGUAUGAUGAGAAGGUGGACUUGUGGUGCAUCGGGGUGCUCUGCUAUGAGCUGCUGGUGGGAAAUCCACCCUUCGAGAGCGUCUCUCACACUGAGACAUACAGACGCAUCCUUAAGGUGGAUGUGAAGUUUCCUGUAACAAUGUCUUUGGGAGCCCGAGACUUGAUAUCCAGGCUUCUGAGGUACCAGCCGUCAGAGCGGCUGCCCCUGGCCCAGAUCCUGAGGCACCCCUGGGUCCAGGCCCACUCCCGGAGGGUGCUGCCUCCUUGUGCUCAUCCAGCUUCCUGAAUCCCGUCUGCCUCUGUCUGCAUUUGUGCAGGGAGCUCUCCUGGCUCUGCUAACUCAUCUAUUUUUUGUUUGUUUGUUUCCUUUUUAAGAUGCAAGAUAUAAAUAAAAGCUGAGUCGUUUAGUACCAGCUGAGUUGGUGUGU